UCAGCGGUCACGUGACUGUGUACUACUGUCUGUCUCCAUGCUUCUCUCUCGUACAUACCUUCGUGCAUGUCUGUUCUUAGUUUGAAGUUCAUGAGAAACACGAAGACGCUUUUUGGGAAAGCCGCGAGAUGAACAGCGAAAACUUCACCCUUAGCGAGAAAAUUGUGUCACCCUCCUACAUCCGGCAGGGGUCUCAGGCUCGUCGCGGCCAUGAGCAGCUCAUCAGGCAGUUACUGGAACAGGGAAAGUGUCCAGAGGAAGGAUGGAGUGAGAGCACUAUAGAGCUCUUCCUAAACGAGCUAGCUGUUAUGGACAGCAACAACUUCCUUGGUAAUUGUGGAGUCGGAGAGAGGGAAGGCCGGGUGGCAUCCAGCCUCGUGGCAAGACGACAUUACAGGCUGAUCCACGGCAUCGGCCGGUCAGGUGACAUUGCUGCUAUUCAGCCUAAAGCUGCAGGAUCCAGUCUGCUCAAUAAACUGACCAACUCAGUUGUACUGGACAUCUUAAAGCUUGCAGGUGUCCGGAGUGUGGCAAGCUGCUUCGUGGUACCCAUGGCUACAGGGAUGAGUUUGACUCUGUGCUUCCUGACCCUUCGUCACAGGAGACCCAAAGCUCGCUAUAUCAUUUGGCCUCGCAUCGACCAGAAGUCCUGUUUCAAGUCUAUGAUCACAGCAGGCUUUGAACCUGUGGUCGUGGAGAACGUACUUGAGGGUGAUGAGUUGCGGACAGAUUUGGAGGCAGUUGAACAAAAGAUCGAAGAGCUUGGGGCUGAAAAUAUCCUGUGUGUUCAUUCAACGACUUCCUGCUUUGCCCCACGGGUACCUGACAGGCUUGAGGAGCUGUCAGCUCUGUGUACCAAAUAUGACAUCCCUCAUAUAGUUAACAAUGCGUAUGGAGUACAGUCAUCUAAAUGCAUGCACCUCAUCCAGCAGGGGGCUCGUGUGGGAAGAAUCGAUGCCUUUGUACAGAGCCUGGACAAGAACUUUAUGGUUCCAGUAGGUGGUGCUAUAAUUGCAGGUUUUGAUGAAUCCUUCGUACAAGAGAUAAGCAAGAUGUACCCAGGGCGAGCAUCGGCUUCACCUUCCCUCGACGUCCUCAUUACCCUUCUCACCCUGGGAGCCAGUGGCUAUAAGAAAUACUUGUCAGAAAGAAAGGAGAUUUAUUCAUUCCUGGCUCAGGAGCUGGAGAGUCUGGCCUCUGCACAUGGGGAGAGGUUGCUUCACACCCCACACAACCCCAUUUCACUGGCCAUGUCACUAGAUGGUCUCCAGGCCAGCAGCAACAAGGCGGUGACUCAGCUAGGCUCCAUGUUGUUCACCCGACAAGUGUCAGGAGCCAGAGUAAUCCCACUGGACAUGGAGCAGACCAUAAGCGGACACACAUUCCGCGGGUUUAUGUCACACUCGGAGUCGUACCCAUGUCCCUACCUCAACGCUGCCUCAGCUGUGGGUAUCACUCGAGAAGACGUGACGCUCUGCAUCAAAAGGCUCGACAAAUGCCUGAAGGCUCUGAAGAAAGAGGGCAGUGCAGCAGAACGCAGUUCCCCGGUACCUUCAUCGAAGCAAGAGGUCUCUAUAGGAGAGUGACUGAACUGAGAGCUGAACAUUUCUAACAGCUGAACUUGACCCUGUGCUGCCUUUACGCAGUUCUUUCCUGAUUUGGACUCUGCUGUUUGUGUUAUGAGUCAGUUUUUGGCAAUGAAACUUGUGUGCAGGUGGUCAUUACAAAGGAAAGCAACGCAAGCUUAUGCCGCUGAUUAAUUCCCUCAUCGAGUGAUAAUUGGGAUAUUAAGAGGACAAAAUCUGCAUGCACAUGCUUCUUAGGAGCAUCUGGUCGUAAGCCACCGAUCUAAAUUUAGACCAGAUGUCUGUUAACUGUAUGUUGAAUUUUAAUUCAACAUUAAUUAUGCAUCCAUUUUUUUCUGUUUAAAUUGUGAGGGGAAAAAAUCAUAUUGCAUAAACAUCUUUGAGUUGAUCUUUGAGUUUGAAAACAAUAUUUUUUUUCUCAUAUUAAGCAGACAAAUGGAGCUCACCAUUAGGCUCUCCCAUCACUGAUAUAUAAAAUAGUGAAGCUGUGUAAUGUUGUGUUUUGCUGUGUCUUCUCCAGAGUAAGGUAAUGUGAUACAAAUGCUGCUGAGCCAUUAACUCCAUCUGAACCCUGUUUAUUCAGUUAGCUCAUUUAUUUUUAGGCUCUGUAACAGAUCACCCAGAACAGAUAAUCAAUGAUGUACACCAAACACAGAUCACUCCUGUGUUUAGCAGAGCAAAUAUUAUUAGUCUCAGUAAGAGGCCGUAGCGUUUGCAACAUUAAAAGGACAGUUCAUUCUAAAAUCAAAUGAACAUGUUUGUGCCUCUGGCUUGUAGUGCUUUAUCUGUGUGCUUUGUUUCAGUGCAAGUGGUCCAGUUGUGGAGAUGUCUGCCUUCUCGUUCAUAUAAUGCAGCUAAAUGUCUCUUUCUAGAAAUAAUCACCUGAUUAAUAGAAAGCAGGAAAAAAAAAAAAGGAGCAAAUUCAUGUGUCUUCUUGACACCAAAC